ACGCCACCGUAGUUCAUCUGUGUAAAAAAAAAAUGUGAGGUUAAUUCAGGUUAUCUUAUUUGAAAAGUAGCCGAGAAAAUGAUUUUGCGAUUAAUUUUGCGACAAAAAAGACAUGUGAAUUUUUGUUAUUACUGCACACAAAAUGAAAAGAAAAACAAGUACAGUAGUACAAUAUUUUUGCCAAAAACCAAAUUUCCAUUGAGGUUAGAGAACAAAAAAUUGGUGGAACGUGACGAAAAAAUUACUACUAUUGCCGAAUUUGAUCAGUUGUACAAGUGGCAAAGAAGUUACUUAUCGGAGCCUGAGUUUGUUUUACACGAUGGACCCCCAUACGCAAACGGAAAGCUGCACAUGGGGCAUGCUCUUAAUAAAAUUCUUAAAGAUACAAUUUUGAGAUAUCAUAUUUUAAAAGGGCACAAGGUCCACUAUGUGCCAGGGUGGGAUUGUCAUGGGCUACCAAUUGAAUUAAAAGCACUAUCAAAACCUGGCGCAGAAGCAUUAGAAAUUAGAUCUAAAGCUAGGAGUUUUGCAAAAAACACUAUAAAGGACCAAAAAACUAUUUUUCAAUCAUGGGGAGUAAUGGGUGAUUGGAAUAACCAUUAUGCCACUUAUAAUCCUGAUUACGUUAAAAUACAAUUGAAAUUAUUUAACAAACUCUAUCAAAAGAACCUCAUUUAUAGAGAUUUUAAACCCAUUUAUUGGUCACCUUCAUCAAGAACAGCUUUAGCUGAAGCUGAACUGGAAUAUAAUGAACAUCAUACAAGCAAAAGUGUUUUCGUUAGAUUAAAAGUAAACCAGUUUCCUAACAGAAGCAAUGAGCAGGUUUACGCCUUAGUUUGGACAACAACUCCAUGGACAUUACCGGCAAACCAAACAGUUUGUUAUAAUCCAACUUUACAGUAUUGUUUAGUAAAAAAUUCCAAAGACAAUUGUCUUUAUAUUAUAGCCUCCGAUUUGCAAGCAAAUCUGAGUGAAACUUUAAAUACUGAACUAGAAAAAGUGGAAAACUUCUCGAGUGAAACUUUGUCACAUUUAACAUACGUUCACCCAAUUUAUAAAGACAGAAACAUGAGAUUUGUACCAUCAUCGCACGCUACGUCAAGUAAAGGCACAGGUCUGGUACAUACAGCACCUGCUCACGGCCCUGAAGAUUUUCUCGUAGCUCUGAAUGAAAAAAUGCAAAUUGAAAAUCUAGUGAAUGAUCUAGGGUGCUACAAUACCAAUGCUGGUAAAGAACUUGAGGGAAAGUUUGUGCUAGAAGACGGAACAGAAAAAGUUUUACAAAUGAUUAAAGAGGAUAUUGUUCAUUUACACGAUUAUGUGCACAGUUACCCGUAUGAUUGGCGAACGAAAAAACCAGUCAUUAUCAGGGCUAGUCAGCAGUGGUUUCUGGAUACAGAUUCCAUAAAAAAUAGAGCAAUUGACUUGUUGGAAAAUGUUGAAAUUAUUCCGAAGGUCAACAGCCAAAUGUAUAAACGCAACUUGGUAAAUCAGAUACAAAAACGGCCGUAUUGGUGUAUCAGCAGACAAAGAAAGUGGGGAGUUCCAAUUCCGGUCUUCUUCAAUAAAUCAAAUGAUGAGGUUUUGAUUAGCGAGGAUUUAAUUCGGCAUUUUUGCGUGCUGAUAGACAAUCACGGAACCGACUUUUGGUGGCAAAUACCAACAAAACAUCUAAUUCCGGAGGAAUUACGAAAUGGGCUUCAAAUCGACCAAAUCGAAAAAGGACAAGAUAUUUUGGAUAUUUGGUUUGAUAGUGGAAUAUCUUGGGCUAAGGCUCUUGAAGGCGACAAAGUUGCUGACAUGUACUUGGAAGGGGUGGACCAGUUUACAGGGUGGUUUCAGUCUUCUCUACUCACAUCUGUAGCUUUGAGAGAUAAGGCCCCUUAUAAAACCAUUUACGUGCACGGGUUUGUUGUUGAUGAAAAAGGAAUGAAGAUGUCCAAGUCUGUUGGCAAUAUUGUUGAUCCUUUAGAUAUCGUUCAAGGAACAAAAAAUAAAAAGGCCUAUGGGGUUGAUACGCUAAGAUGGUGGGUGGCGUGCCAUGCCAACCAAGAUGCACUUGCUCACAUCAGCAACAAUGUCUUGCAAGCAAGUGCCGACGAAUUACAUAAAAUUAGAAGCGUUAUUAGAUUCUCAUUGGGAUGCUUGUAUGAUUACCAGCAUUCGAGUGUGGAUUACAAAAACUUAUCGUUGUUGGAUAAAUACAUGUUGCAUUUGUUGUACUUAUUUCACGAACAAGCACUUGAAGCAAUUAACGAUUAUAGAUUCCAACAAAUUUGCAAGUCUGUUAUAAACCUAUUAACUAAUCCAGUAUCAGCUCUUUAUUACAACGGAAUUAAGGAUCGUCUAUAUUGCGACCCGCUUGAUAGCAUUUCGCGCAAAUCAUCUCAGUUCGUUUUGUUACAAAUUUUUGAAAUUGUGACUCAAGCGAUCGGGCCAAUCGUACCACACUUUGUUGAAGAAAUGUUCCUACACUUGCCCCAUAAAAAUGGGAAAACGUAUUUCACUUCAACUCACAGUAAAGCCGAGACUUGCUGGAAAAAUGACGUUGUGGACAAAGUAAUGGAAGUUAUUUUAAACAUCAAAAAAGAAAUUAACAAAGAAAUAGGUGCGGGCACACAAAAUACAGUAGUUAAAAUCGCUUUUUCGCCAAAAAUCGAGAAACUUAUUCUAGAAACGACAACAAAUGGUGAUAUUCAAACUGAAUUAGAAAACAUUUUUCAAGUGUCUGAAGUUCAACUGACUAAAGUUGACAUAACAAGUGAUUAUAAACUCGAAUUGUCUAAAAGUUUGCGAUUUCCGUGUGCACGGUGUAGGCGAGUGCAAUCCGAGUGCGAAAAUGAAUUAUGUGAACGCUGUAAUCGCGUGAUAAAAAACUUAACAAAAACUGCAGUUUCUAACUAAAUAUUUGAAUAUUGAAAUAAACGUGUUAUUUUUUA